AUGCCAGACAGGGUGAGUGACUUCCAAGGUCAGAACUACCACAAGCUGAAGCGAGCCUGUUUACGUCGAGGGGCGCUCUUUAAGGACCCCUUAUUUCCCGCCAGUGCCCAGUCCCUCUUCUACAGACGGGAACCGCCACCCGGACUCACAUGGAGGAGACCCAGGGACUUGUGUAAGAAUCCUCGCCUGUUUGUGGACGGCAUCAGCACGCGGGACUUGCACCAGGGGAGUCUGGGUAACUGCUGGAUGGUGGCGGCUACUUCCUGCCUCGCAUCCGAGCCAUCGCUGUGGAAGCAGGUGAUUCCUGAUCACACGGAGCAGGAGUGGAAGCCGAAGCGUCUGGAUUUAUACGCAGGAAUCUUCCAUUUCCGCUUCUGGCGUCUGGGCCGCUGGACAGACGUGGUGGUGGACGACCGCCUGCCGGUCAGCGAGGACGGCGUGCUGUUGUUCUGCCGCUCGGCCACGCCUCGCGAGUUCUGGAGCGCCCUGCUGGAGAAGGCCUACGCUAAGCUGAACGGCUGCUAUGAAGCCCUGGAGGGAGGCAACACAGCGGAGGCCUUGAUCGACUUCACUGGCGGGGUGUCAGAGAAUAUCAGCCUGAACCCCGAGGCCCUCAGCCAGCAGAGCAACCAGAGGAGGGCCCUUUUCCAGACACUCGCCAGGGCCCAUGAACGCAAAGCCCUCAUCACCUGCUCCAUACGGCCUAUGGCCGGGGAGACGGUGGAGUCGGUCUUGGAUUGUGGCCUGGUGAGGGGUCAUGCGUACGGCAUCACGGCUGUCAGGAAGCUGAGGCUUGGAGAAAACCCCCCGAUUAUGAAUGGGAUGUCCCGACUCCUCAUGGUGCGGAUGAGGAACCCCUGGGGCACCACCGACUGGACCGGGCCUUGGAGUCAGGGGUCCCUGCAGUGGCAGCAGCUGAGCCGUGCAGAGAGGGAGAAAAUGGGCCUCAUGGUCCGAGACGUUGGAGAGUUCUGGAUGGAGUUUGACGAUUUCUGCCGCUACUUCACGGACGUGGUGGUGUGCCGGCUGGCGGAGACGGCCCUGCGGUGGCCCGGAUCUUCCUGGAGGGAGGCGCGCUGCUUCGGGGAGUGGGCCCCCGCUCCUGCCAACCCCAAAGACUCCCCCUCCGCCGUCCUCCACGCCAGCCUCAUGCCCAGCGGCAGGAGGAGCGCCACCAAGCCCAGAGCCAACCAGCAGAGAGGGGACCGGAAGGAGGCACGUCUCGGGGAGAAGCGGCGAGGAGGAGAUGCAGGAGGCGGUGGGAGGAGGAGGAGGAGAAACAAGGCUGUUGCAUCCAAAGACGGCCCCACGAGAGGACCAGAGGAGGAGAAUGGAAAGGAGGACAGGAAGGUGGAAGGAGGAUGGGAGGCGCAGAGGGAUAAGAGGAGUCGAUGUGGAGGGUGCAUUAACCACAGGGACACUUUCCUACAUAACCCACAGUUCAUGUUUGAGGUGGCUGGGAAGGAGGAGGAGGAGGUGCUCAUUUGUCUGCAGCAGGAGGACCGCAGGAUAAAGAGGAAAGACGGAGGAGGAGAGAACCUGCCCAUCGGCUUUGAGGUGCUGAAGGUGGAGGUGAACCGCUGCAGCCGCGUGCAGUGUGUGGUGGAGCAGGCGGCCAGUUCGGUCUACAUGGACUCCCGCAGCGUGACCCUGAGGUGGACCCUGGCCCCGGGCCGCUACACCGUACUGCCCACCACCUUCCUGCCGGGGGUCGCCGGACGCUUCCUCUUACGCCUCUUCUCCCAUUCCCACAUCCAGCUCAGGGAGUUGAGCGAGGACUUGCCGUCUCCUUCGGUGUUGCAGCAGUGUUGUCUUCCUCAGCCCAGUGUGGUGACUACUGUCCACCUCUGCAGGGCAUCAGGACUCAGCCCUCCCAAACACACAGCCCCUGACGUGUACGCCGUGGUGCGUUGUGAGGGCACCGCCGUAAGGACGCGGGUGUUUCAGCAGAACGGGAACCCCGAGUUCAACCUCCGAGCCGUCUUCUACAGGAGAUACCCCAACACGCACGUCUCUAUCGAGAUAUGGAGCAGAGGCCUGCUAUGGGAUUCUCUUCUGGGCGUGGCUCGGCUCCAUACAGCGGACUCUGAAAGGGGGCGGAGCCAUGUGGUGGAACUACGGGUCGGCCAAUCGCGUUCAGGAUCACGAGGUUCCGUCUACGUAGAGACCUCCUCCAGCACACGCUUGACAGAUUUAUGA